AUGAAUAACUCCAAAAUUCCUAAACUUUCCUUUCAUAGUGAUCCAAACAACGUCACUCGAGACUUUCCAAAGACAAAACGACAGAAGGUUCAGAAAAGAGAAAUGGAUAUGAUACUAACUCCUAAUAACAACAAGCUAAAUAUAUUGCACAGCUCUGGAUCUGGUAUACGGCGCUGCUACACUGAUGACACCUCCGCUACGUAUACUAAGAAACUAACCUUUGGGGGGGACCCCAAGAUUAUUGAAAGGGUUAAGAACAAUGAACGUAAGGUUAGAAAAGACAUAGAUUCACUACUGAAUGCUAUUUCUGAAAUUGAAAAGGAAUCUGUUCGUAUUCAUGCCAGGGAACUACCUGCAAUAACAUUAGAAUUAGAUGCAAAAGUCAAAGCGUGCAGGGAGCUACAAAAUGAGAUUGAUGGACUAUCAACGGAGAUGGACUUGAAGGAUAAUCAAUGUGAUCUUCAAAGAAAGAAUGUUGAGCUAUCAUCAAAAAAUAUAGUGUCUAUGCAUGCAGUAAAAGUACAAGAGUUCGAAAACGAUUUAGAGGAAGAGCUAUCGAAUGCCAAAAGGGAGUGGACGUAUAAAUUAAUGGAAGUAGAAAAUUUGAAACCUGACGAAAGGUUAACUGACGAAAUGCGACAGCUUAAAACAGAAUUCGAGGAGGUCAAUAGGAAACUAUUCAUUCUACAGAAUGAAAAUGAGAACGAGUGUAAAAACUACAAAAAAGAAUUGGACAAGAAAUUCGAGAUAUUCAAGAAAGUUAAGAACGAUGCUAGAAUUGAAUUAGAUGGGGAGCAAGAAAGACUUUCGAAAGUUUUAAAAGACCUACAAGACACCCAUGGUGAACUGAAAGAAAAUAUUAAGACGUGUAGAGAUGAGUUUAACGAUUUUGAAAAAAGGAUUGGAGAGGCAGAAGUGAACUUCCAUAGCAUGGAACUUGCCGUUGUUCCUCUCAAAAAGAAGCUUGCUUCUACAUCACAAGCAUUGACGCAAGUGCAGGAGGAGAAGAAGCAAGUCGAAGGAGAAGCAAACAAUUGGAAGAAGAAGUACGUUAAUGAACUAGAAAAGGUUCAACAGGAAUUAUACACACGACAAAAUCUGGCCACUUCAAUUGAAGAAAUCAAAGGAUACACCCGAUGCUUUGCGUAUGCCAAUGAACGACAAAUGCCUGAUGAAUUCCAUAUCAACUAUGUGGAUCGGUGCAUUUGCGAGAAUAGUGGAGAAAAACGGGUACAAGUAUUUGAUAGAGUAGUUCUCGAAGAAAUCCAUAAGGAUCACAAACGCUUAUAUAACGAAUGCAUUCCGUUCCUGGAAAAAUACAUCAGCAAGUUAAUUAACUGCAGCAUUAUAGUGGUUUCGCAGCAACCCACAGCACCAAUGAAAAAGACUUUGCUAAAACAGUUAAUUGAGCAGUACGGUGAGAAUUAUAAGAUGACAUUGAACAUUUUGCAUCUUGACGGAAGUAUUAAACACAGUGACGUUGGAUUAGAUAACCCAACAGAAAUUAGAGAUCUGUCACAAGAUGAAGAAUGCAUGAACAUUUUAACUUUAGAUACCAAGUUGGGAAAAGAUGAAGAGUCCCAUUCAAUGAAUAUAUAUAUCGGUAGUAUGUCCACGGUACAGCUGAAUAGAGAGCUUGAUGAUGCUCCCUCAGUCCUUUCGCAUAUUCUCACUAAAACAAAGCAGUGCUUUGUCUUCAAGAUUAACGCUGGUGAAAACAUCGAGAAGGCUCUAGCCUUAGCGGGAAAGCUGAAAAGAACAAUAACAUUACCUCAGCUAGAUUAA